CUCCCGCCCCACGCCGCCCCUCCCACCGCCCGUCGCCAGUCCGGGGAGUCUGGAAUGAGUAGGCGGUAGCGGGCGAACCGGCGAGGGGACAGCAGGGCGGGCCGACGCUGAGCGCGGCCUGCUCUCUCCGAGGAAGAAAGAGGAGGUCGUGUUCCCGGUCUCCGGGAUCCUCCAGCCCCGCACCCUGCCCCGCCGGCGAAGGAGAAGCUGAGGAGCCGCCGCCGCCCGGCGCCGCCGCCAUGGCUGCCAUGAUGGGUCGGAAGUGAGCCUGCGGGCGACGGUGCCGGCGCGGGCGCUGCAGCCCCGGUCCCGGCCGCUCCGCCGGGGAAGCGCGACGCCGCGGACCGCGGGCCCUUGGCCUUCGCGACCCCAGCCCCUCGGCUCGGCCCGUUUCCUCCAAGACUGAGCGGCGGGGAGUGGCUCCCGGCCUCCGGCCCCGGCAGCCAGGAAGAUGGCGGACCCGGCCGAGUGCAACAUCAAAGUGAUGUGUCGCUUCAGACCGCUGAACGAGUCCGAGGUGAACCGCGGCGAUAAGUACAUCGCCAAGUUUCAGGGAGAAGACACGAUCAUGAUCGCGUCCAAGCCUUAUGCAUUUGACCGGGUGUUCCAGUCAAACACAUCUCAAGAGCAAGUGUAUAAUGACUGUGCAAAGAAGAUUGUUAAAGAUGUGCUUGAGGGGUACAAUGGAACCAUAUUUGCAUAUGGACAAACCUCCUCCGGGAAGACACACACAAUGGAGGGUAAACUUCAUGAUCCAGAAGGCAUGGGAAUUAUUCCAAGAAUAGUGCAAGAUAUUUUUAAUUAUAUUUACUCCAUGGAUGAAAAUUUGGAAUUUCAUAUUAAGGUUUCAUAUUUUGAAAUUUAUUUGGAUAAGAUAAGGGACCUGUUAGAUGUUUCAAAGACCAAUCUUUCAGUUCAUGAAGAUAAAAACCGAGUUCCCUAUGUAAAGGGGUGUACAGAGCGUUUCGUAUGUAGUCCAGAUGAAGUUAUGGACACCAUAGAUGAAGGAAAAUCCAACAGACACGUAGCGGUUACAAAUAUGAAUGAACAUAGCUCUAGGAGUCACAGUAUAUUUCUUAUUAAUGUAAAACAAGAGAACACGCAAACGGAACAAAAGCUGAGUGGAAAACUUUAUCUGGUUGAUUUAGCUGGUAGUGAAAAGGUUAGUAAAACUGGAGCUGAAGGUGCUGUGCUGGAUGAAGCUAAGAACAUCAACAAGUCCCUUUCUGCUCUUGGAAAUGUCAUUUCUGCUUUGGCUGAGGGUAGUACAUAUGUUCCAUAUCGAGAUAGUAAAAUGACAAGAAUCCUUCAAGAUUCAUUAGGUGGGAACUGUAGAACCACUAUUGUAAUUUGCUGCUCUCCAUCAUCAUACAAUGAAUCUGAAACAAAAUCUACACUCCUGUUUGGUCAGAGGGCCAAAACAAUUAAGAACACAGUUUGUGUCAAUGUAGAGUUAACUGCAGAACAGUGGAAAAAGAAGUAUGAAAGAGAAAAAGAAAAAAAUAAGACCCUGCGGAACACCAUUCAGUGGCUUGAAAAUGAACUCAACCGAUGGCGUAAUGGAGAGACAGUGCCUAUUGAUGAACAGUUUGACAAAGAGAAAGCCAACUUGGAAGCUUUUGCAGUGGAUAAGGAUAUUACUAUUACCAAUGAUAAACCAGCAGCCACAAUUGGAGUUACUGGGAACUUUACUGAUUCUGAAAGAAGGAAGUGUGAAGAAGAAAUUGCUAAGUUGUACAAACAACUUGAUGACAAGGAUGAAGAAAUUAAUCAACAGAGCCAAUUGGUAGAGAAACUGAAGACCCAGAUGUUGGAUCAGGAAGAGCUUCUGGCAUCUACCAGAAGGGAUCAAGAUAAUAUGCAGGCUGAGCUGAAUCGUCUUCAGGCAGAAAAUGAUGCCUCUAAAGAAGAAGUAAAGGAAGUUUUACAAGCCUUAGAGGAACUUGCUGUCAACUAUGAUCAGAAGUCUCAGGAAGUUGAAGACAAAACUAAGGAAUAUGAAUUACUUAGUGAUGAGCUGAAUCAGAAAUCGGCAAGUUUAGCAAGUAUAGAUGCUGAGCUUCAGAAACUUAAGGAAAUGACCAACCACCAGAAAAAGCGAGCAGCAGAGAUGAUGGCAUCUUUACUGAAAGACCUGGCAGAAAUAGGGAUUGCUGUAGGAAACAACGACGUAAAGCAGCCUGAGGGAACUGGCAUGAUAGAUGAAGAGUUCACUGUCGCAAGGCUCUACAUUAGCAAAAUGAAGUCAGAAGUGAAAACCAUGGUGAAGCGCUGCAGACAGCUAGAAAGCACACAGACUGAGAGCAGCAGAAAAGUGGAAGAAAAUGAGAAGGAGUUGGCGGCGUGCCAGCUUCGCAUCUCCCAGCAUGAAGCCAAAAUCAGAUCAUUGACUGAAUACCUUCAAAAUGUGGAGCAAAAGAAAAGACAGCUGGAGGAGUCUGUGGAUUCCCUCAGUGAAGAACUAGUCCAGCUUCGAGCACAAGAGAAGGUGCAUGAAAUGGAAAAGGAGCAUUUGAAUAAAGUUCAAACUGCAAAUGAAGUCAAGCAAGCCGUUGAACAGCAGAUCCAAAGCCACAGAGAAACACAUCAAAAACAGAUCAGUAGUUUGAGAGAUGAAGUCGAGGCAAAAGAAAAACUUAUCACUGAUCUUCAAGACCAGAACCAGAAGAUGGCAUUAGAGCAAGGGCGCCUGAGAGCGGAGCACGAGAAGCUGAAAGCUACGGAGCAGGACAAAAGCAGAAAGCUACGUGAACUUACGGUUAUGCAAGAUAGACGAGAACAAGCGAGACAAGACCUGAAGGGUUUGGAAGAGACGGUGGCGAAGGAACUUCAGACUUUACACAACCUGCGGAAGCUCUUUGUUCAGGACCUGGCCACCAGGGUUAAAAAGAGCGCCGAGGUUGAUUCGGACGACACCGGAGGCAGUGCUGCUCAGAAGCAAAAAAUCUCCUUUCUCGAGAAUAAUCUUGAACAACUCACCAAAGUCCACAAACAGCUGGUACGUGAUAACGCAGAUCUUCGCUGUGAGCUUCCUAAGCUGGAAAAGCGACUCAGAGCUACAGCUGAGAGAGUGAAAGCUUUGGAGUCGGCACUGAAAGAGGCCAAAGAAAAUGCAUCUCGCGAUCGCAAACGCUAUCAGCAGGAAGUAGAUCGUAUAAAGGAAGCAGUCAGGUCAAAGAAUAUGGCCAGAAGAGGGCAUUCUGCACAAAUUGCUAAACCUAUUCGUCCUGGGCAACAUCCGGCAGCUUCUCCGGCUCAUCCCAGUGCAGUUCGUGGAGGAGGCGCACCUGUGCAGAACGGCCCGCCGGCGGCCGUGCGAGGCGGAGGAGGUGUUAAAAGUAAUUGAAGUAUGAAGAGGACAUUAUAUCAAUGACUAUAGCCUGUAUCCCUUGGGAACUUUAGAAUGAUAACCUUUUUUUAGUGUAUAAAUUGUACCUGGCCUGUACAGCUGUUUCCUGCCCUCUCUUCUCGUAAACUCUGCUGCUUCCCAACACAACUAGAGUGCAAUUUUGGUGUCUUAGAAGGGAAAAACGACAGUUUACAACUGUGGCCCUAUUUAUUACACAGUUUGUCUUUCAUGUCUUAAAUUUAGUCUUCACUGUGCCAACCUAACUGUGUCAUACAGGACUGUGCUUUUUGUACUUGUUUUUUUGUGUUUAUUUUUUAAUCUCAGUUUAAGUUACCUAGCUGCUACUGCUUGUUGUUUUUCUUUUCUUAUUAAAACAAUAUUUUAGGGGAAAUGGAACCUUUAGAUUAAAUGUCUUAAAUUUUACCACUUAUAACACUACAUGCCCGCAAAUUAUAUCAGGUCAGUACUGUACAUUAAAAUCCCUUGAAAUGACUUCGGAGUUAAAAAUUAUCUGUAUCAUCUCUGAAGUUUGCUUCUGAAAACUACUCUUUGAGCACUGAAACCUUUAAAACUGCCUAACUAGACAUUUGAGACUGAGCAAGGCUACUUAUCUCAUGAAACGACUGUUCUUGAAUUAUCCUGAAUAGAAAUACUUUACAAUAUCAAAAGCAAAUCUUCUGCUUUUGUUUAAGAAGGAGAGUUUGGAAAAGGAAUUUAUUUCUGUUCUUCCCAGUGCUUUAAUCCACAUAGAUUGAUGGAAUGGAAACACCCUGCUUUGUUUUGGUGAGCCCACUAAUUAAUAGAAGAAUUGGAUGGAUAAUGAUUUGUCAUCUUACUAUAGUGAAGUGAACUAAGAUAUUAUAGGAUUAAACAUAAUUUUAUAUUGUUAGUACCGUAUUGUUUGAUCUAAAUUUAUAGCCUAUGGAAAUUGAGAAAAAAUGUGGAAGGACAAGACAAAUAUAUGGUAAAUUUAUAAAUAUAUAGGUUAAAUUUUGGUCUGAAAUCCCUGAGGUUUUUUACCUGGUACACUAAGUCAUAACACUAUAAUUUAUUUCUUGUUUAGUCUAGAAGUAGUAAAUUAUUUGCAAGUCACUAACAAUCCUCAAAUAAAUUAUUUUGUUGGCAGUAGCUGGUAAUUUUGUUGUUAAGUGUACCUGUUCUUCUUCCUCAGAUGAUUAAACUAAGUCAGCAGUUUGUUUUAGAAGCUAUAAAAGUUAACAGGGGAAGAGAUUUCAAUAUGUGCUUCAUCAGUUGGGGGUGGGUAACUGCAAUUGUGUUAGCAGAAAUUUGCAGAGAAUGGGGAUUUAAGGUUACUCAGAAGAGAAAGUUGGAAAGUUCUGUUAGGUUCUGGGUGGCAGAAUUAACUUUUCGAAAAAGUUUUAUAUACAGAUAUUUGUAUUAAAUUUGGAGCCGUAGUCAGAAGACUCAGAUCACAAUUGGCGUAUUUUUCUAUUUCCUUAACUGUUGCAAUUUCCACUUUUAUAAUAGUUUCGAUUUAAAAGAUAAAUUUAUUUUUUUAACAGUCAAAAAUCCUUGCUGUUACGAUCUGCAACCUUACAAAUGAUUGUAUUGUUUUUAGGAAUGAUCAAAAGAAACACUCCAAAAAUUGAGGUGAAACCUUGUAGAGCAGCAAGAUUGAAGCAGGGCAGUUCACUAAAAAAAAGUGCUACCACCUAUUUGUGAUGAUAGUUUUCUAAAUGGAGAAAUGUUUGGCUGCAUUCACAUAGACAUUUGUAUUUUGUUUUCAAACGAAAGCUUGCUUUUUGGGCAAUAUUCUUAGAUGAAGCAGAAUUUUUUUUCUCUCUUUUGUCUGAAUAUGGUAGUUUCAUUCUCAUAAGAUACAUCAUGGUAUUGGUACUAUGUAACAAACGAUGAAUUGUAACUAGCAUGUGGUUCAGAGUAUACAGUGCUAGGGUUUUUAAAAUAUCUUAAUGGUUCUUUUCUAUUUAUAAUUUCAAACUUUCACAAAAUGUACAGAGAAUUUCCUAAAUUUGUUUUCACUGAACUGCUUUUGCUAUGGUAGGUCAUUAAACACAGCAUUUACUCUUACAAAUGAAAAUUUCUGAUCAUCUGGAACAUUGACACUUAUUUCAAUUUGCAGUGUCUUUUAUUUUUGACUGACUAUAUUAAUAUUCUUCUGAGUGGUAUUGAUAAAUGGUUCAGAAGACAAACUCAGUGAAAUAAAAAUAUUUAUUCAUGGUGAUCAAUUAAAUUAUUUGCCUAAUUUAAGAAAACUACUGUGCAUAACUCUCAAUUUGACAGGAGGUGAUAGAAAAGAGUCUGAGUCCACCUGUGGAAUGUGUUGGUUUCUUUUCAGUGCUUGAAGAUACAUUCAUACAUUCAUACAUUGGUUUGGGAAGGCGCCAUGUAAUUAUAGCUAACCUGCAUGCUGUAAAUGUCUUCUGUGUUCAAAUAAAGAGGAAAACAUUUUUUGGAA